GUAUGUAUGUAUGUAUGUAUGUAUGUAUGUAUGUAUGUAUGUAUGUAUGUACAAAGAAAAAGGAUAACAACAACGACAACAAUAAUAGAGAUAGUGCUCAUUACAUAUACCUAUACAUAGAUAGCACAUAUAUAGACGAGACAAUUUCCCAUAAACCCAAACCUCAAUGCCAAAGAUCCUAAUAUUCGGCACCGGCAGCCUCGGCGCCUGCUACGCCUGGGUUCUCGCCAACGCCGUCGGCGAGCACAACGUCACCGCCAUAUGCCGCUCCAACUACGACGCCGUGGCGCGGGACGGGUUCACCAUCCACUCCGGGCUGUGGGGGGAGAACCUGCGGUUCCGCCCGCGCGUCGCGAGGUCGGUUGAGGAGGCUGUGCUACAACUACAACAACAUCAACAACAGUCAGAUGAUAACGACGGAUUGUUCGACUACGUCCUCGUGGCCUCCAAAGCCCUCCCCACCGUCCCCUCCACCGCCUCCCUCAUCGCCCCCGCCGUGACACCGGGCCAGACUACGGUCGUGCUCAUCCAGAACGGCAUCGGCAUCGAGGACGAGUACGCCCGCGCGUUCCCCGCCAACCCGCUGCUCAGCACCGUCGCCUACUUACCCGCCACCCAGGUCCGGCCGGGGGUUGUGCGGCACACGGAGGUCGAGCUGCUGCACGUCGGGGCGUAUCCCGCAACGGGAGGAGAGGGAGAGGGAGAGGGAAGGCGAGCGGCGAACGCAUUCGCAGCGCUGCUGGCGCAGGGCGGGGCGACGGCGCAGGUGCACGCGGACGUGCAGAGGGAGCGGUGGGUCAAGCUGCUGGUGAACGCGGCGUGGAACCCCGUGUGCGCGCUUACGAGGCUGCGGGACCGGGAGUUCCUGACUGCGAGCGAGCGGCUGCGGCUAGGCCCGGAGCAGCAAGAGGAAGGCGGCGACGGUUUCCGGUUCAUCCGCGACGUGAUGCUGGAGAUCGCAUCCGUGGCGCGCGCGCACGGGUACGCGGACGUCGGCGAGGAGCUCGUGCUGUUCCAGCUCCGCCGCGCUGCGGCAAGGGGCUUGCCCGGCAUACAGCCGUCGAUGCAGGCGGAUGCGCUGGCGGGGCGCAGGUUGGAGGUUGAUGCGAUUGUGGGCAAUGCGGUUAGGUUGGCCGGGAAGAAGGGGGUGCCGGUGCCGAUGCUGAGGACGGUGCAUCUUCUUGCUAAUGGGCUUAGUGAGAGUUUGUCUCGUGGGAAGGAGAUGAGUUAGGG